CACCAUAGUCAUUCUAAAUCGCUCGCAGUCGGCACCACCAUUGUAUCACACUGAUCUUGGACGAUUAUCGUUUAGCCUAUGUUAUUUAGUUAGCUGAGCCGAUAUUGUUUCGGGAUCGCGUGUAGUCAAAGUGUUCGUGAGGACGUAUUGCAAAAAAUGACGUCCCGUCUCGAAAAAGAGCGCGCCAAACAGAUCCAAGAGAAAUGUCAGAAUCUAUUGACGGAGAUGCUUCGCGACGAGGACAACAAGUACUGCGUCGACUGCGACGCGAAAGGACCAAGAUGGGCUAGCUGGAAUUUGGGAAUUUUUUUAUGUAUCCGAUGUGCUGGUAUACAUAGAAAUCUUGGAGUUCAUAUAAGCAAGGUUAAAUCAGUUAAUUUGGAUACAUGGACACCAGAACAAGUAGUAAGUUUACAACAAAUGGGCAAUUCUCGAGCGAGAGCAGUCUAUGAAGCAAAUCUUCCAGAUAGUUUUCGAAGACCUCAAACAGAUUGCAGCCUUGAAAGUUUUAUCCGGGCAAAAUAUGAACACAAAAAGUAUAUAGCAAGAGAAUGGGUACCACCUCCUUUGCCAAAAGUAAAUUGGGAUAAAGAACUUGAUGAGGAAGUCGAAAGGCAACGUAGGCGAAAAAAGGAGAGCUCCAAAGGAACUACUAAUCAAAAUGUACUUCCUUCUGUAAAAAAACCAGAAGUAGUGCCUCAACUGCCGAAACCUCGUUCUGUCAGCUUCAGUCCCAAAUUGGGUAGAACAAACAAUUCUGCAACUUUGGAUCUCUUAGGUCUUGCAGAUGCACCAACAGCUAAUCAAACAAAUGUAAACGGUUCUGGUGAUGAUAUAUUUUCGUCUUUCUUGUCUGCACCACCUGCUUCAAUGGCUUCAAUUGUAAAUGAUACUUCUGAUGCAAAUAAUACAACCACUAUUAUAAGUAAAAACGAAGAAGAAAGUUUCUUCGAGCAAUCGUCUCUCAGGUCGGUACCUCAGGAAAAAAGCAAAAUGACAAAAGAUAGUAUUUUAGCACUAUAUAGUACACCGAGUCAUCAACCAACGAUUUAUGGUGUCCCAGGGACAGUGUAUCCUCAACAUUCUAUACCAUAUAAACAACAAAUGUCGAAUGUAGGUGCAUUUGGGCAACAAAGUUCCUUGAGUCAACUUGGCCAACUUCCAACGCAAAUAUCAGUUACGAACCAAAUACCUGUCAAUCAAAAUCAAAUUCUAGCAAAUCCUACUUCGAUAGGCACGGUAGCAGCUAAUCCUUUAAGCAAUUGUUUACAUAUGGGACAAAUAAAUCACCUGAAUGGCGUACCAAAUGCCGCCGUCACAAUGCCACCUCAAAUGAUGAUGCAAUUAGGACAAAAUAAUAUUGCUAGUAAUAACGGAUGGAGUGGCAUGUUGACACAGAAUCUUCAACCAGCUCCCGGUAACAACCCAUUCUUCAACUUAACAGCACAGCAACAACAAACUGCUACAUUCACCGCUCAAUUGCCACAACAAAUGUCGCAGAUAUCUCUGAGUGACAUGAACUUUGCCACUACCACGGGAAAACCUGCCGCUGCCACGCUACCAGGACAAACUCUUUCUACUAACUUAUGGCAGUAAAAAGAUAUUACGGACAUUGUUAGCCUGUUGAUUAUUUCAUUCAGUGUUACGUACUAGUGUCGACAAUUUAUUAUUCAACGUAAUAACAUUUCUGAGCUCAUUCGGGAUGUCGCUUUCGAAAGUAAUAGAGUGUAUGUGCGCGGAAGAUGAGACAUAUAAAUGAAAAAGAAAAAAAUGAAAAGAAAAACUAUUCGAAUGCUGCCUCAUACGAAACAUAAUUCGUGAAUAUGUAUAAUGCUUCGAGUCGAUAAAUAUUUUUCUUGAAAGGUCCUUAUCAGUUUUCAACGUUAUUGUUGGAGAAGAGAAUAAAAUGUGUUUCUGAAGGAUCGUAAGAGGUUAUUCGUGAAACUAGAUAUAUACCUUAGAAUACAAUUAUGUUGCUACAAUAAGAGCUUUUGUAAUUGCGAUUAAAAUAUGUGCCAGGAUCCACUUCCAGCAUAAUGAAGUAUUCAUUCAAAUCGUUAAUAGGAAACUAUAAUUUCCAGAUGCUCAGCUUUCGAUGCUGUAGAUGAGCGAAAAUGUAUCAUAUACUUUUAUCCAUGAUAAACGAUAACUCGAUAAUUGGCGGAAAUCGGUGCAUUUUCCUGUAGUGAGAGUAUUGAAAAUUUAAAAAAUUCGCCGAAAUCAUACCGAUUUCUAUCUUUAAUCUAACUAGAAAAAGAUGCAUAUAUUUGCAUGUACAAGUUUUGUCAGAAAUGUAAAAAGAUUGAUUUUAAAUUUAUUUUUAAGGUACUAUAAUUGACACGUGCAAUAUAUGUGUGUAUGUGUGUAUCCCACAUUUAUUCUGUAUUAUUAGUGAAUUUAAUAUUUUUUGUAAGUGCGUUCUUAUAUUUACUUUUAAUAUUAUAGGAAAAAUAUUCACGUUUGAAAUAAUAUUCCAUACACGUUUGGAAACCUAAUUCUCAUUUAAGGCUCCUGGGUACUCGCUGCAACUGUCCUUGUUUUAUGACGUCUGAAGCGAGAAAACGCAUGUUAAGAAUUCAUGCGUUAUACGUUCAAAUAAAAAGUUAUACUCACAAAAUGACAUUUGUGAUCGAUUCAGUACACUUGUGAAAUUAUCUAUACACUUUUCUUUUACUCGAUUAAUCGAUAAAUAGCUGCAAAAUUCAUUUGACACGGAACCAUUCAUUUUAACCUCUUUUCUCAUGAUUUUGUCAAUGUUAAUUUUACAACUAUUUAUUGCUUCGAGUAAAACAAAAAUGUUCGGACAAUUUUACAAGUGUACUAAAUCGAUCACAAAUGUCAUUUUGUGAAUAUAUCUUUUUAUUUGAACGUAUAAUACAAAAAUUCUUGAUAUGUGUUUUCUCGCUUCUGUCAUCAAACAGGGAUAGUUACAGCGAGAGACCAGGAGCCUUAAAAUAUUUAAAAUAUUUGUCUAAGAUAUUUUCUCUAUUUUGUCAUUAUCUCACGAUUUAUACAGGAUAAUUUAAAAUUCGAAGUCCCUGGUUUUGGAGUUAAUUAGUUACCAAAAAGUUUAUAUAAAUGUAUAUUCUAAUAUCUAAUUUACCGAGUUACGAAACUUCAAAGUCAAGAAAAAUAAAAUUAUUAAUUUCUUU